AUGGAAAGGGAAGAUAGAUCAUUUGAUGAUUCACCUCAGACUCAGAAGAAGGCCAGAAUUAACAACGAAAAGAGUGUAAGUUCGAGAGAUUUUCUUGAUGAAAAAGAUUUUGUUGUCUCUAGUUAUACAAGAUUUGACGAGAGCAUGAAGGUUGAGCAUAUAAUAUAUGAAUCGGGGACAAAUUGUGUCCAUGAAUGUGUUAGACCAUGCGGUUAUGUUGCUCCAACUGAUUCUAAGCUCAGAAUUCAAUAUGAUGAGAAUGGAAAGAAAAUUCCAGCAAAGGAAUAUUCAUUUAAACUCGAUACUUUUCAGGCUGUAUCAAUAGGUUGUUUGGAAAUAGGAGAAAGUGUAUUAAUAUCAGCGCAUACUUCUGCAGGAAAAACUUGUGUAGCAGAGUAUGCUAUAGCAAUGGCUCUGAAAAGUAAUCAGAGAGUAGUUUAUACAUCUCCUAUUAAGGCCUUGAGCAAUCAAAAGUACAGGGACUUAAGAACUACGUUUGGCGAUAAUAAUGUGGGACUUCUCACUGGAGAUGUCACGGUGAAUCCACUUGGAUCAAUUAUGGUAAUGACAACAGAAAUUCUCAGGUCUAUGUUAUACAGAGGAAGCGAACUAGUAAGAGAAAUAGCUUGGGUUAUUUUUGAUGAAAUACAUUAUAUGAGGGACAAAGAAAGAGGUGUUGUUUGGGAAGAAUCCAUUAUUUUAUUACCAGACACUGUGAGAUUAGUAUUCUUGUCUGCUACCAUUCCAAAUCAUUUAGAGUUUGCAGAGUGGAUUUGCAGGACAAAACAUCAGCCUUGUCAUGUUGUAUACACAGAUUAUAGACCUGUCCCUUUACAGCACUUUGUUUUUCCGGCAGGAGGGAAUGGAGUGUAUUUGGUAAUGGAUGAAAAUAAGGUUUUCAAACAAGAUAACUAUAUGAAGGCACUAUCGGCCUUGAAAAUAGCGGCUGAGAGUAAUAGUUCUCAGAAAGAACAAAAAAAACAUGCAGGCAAGGCUCAACUAAGAAUAGAUCUUGAAAGUAUUGUUAAUAUGUGUCAGGAAAGGAGUUAUCUUCCAAUUAUUGUUUUUUCUUUCUCAAAGAAAGACUGUGAGUUAAAUGCACUAUCAUUAAAAAAUAUUGAUUUAUCUACUGAAGAAGAAAAAGAGAGCAUUGACUUCAUUUUUAAUAGUGCCUUGGCAACUCUUGCAGAAGAAGAUAGAAACAUCCCUCAAGUUGUUGGGAUGCUUCCCUUAUUGAGAAGAGGGAUCGGCAUUCAUCAUGGAGGCUUACUUCCAGUUGUGAAGGAAAUUGUUGAGCUCCUUUUUGGAGAGUCCUUUAUUAAGGUGUUGUUUUCUACUGAGACCUUUUCCAUGGGAAUUAAUAUGCCUGCAAAGACGGUUAUCUUUACGUCAUUAAGAAAGUUCGAUGGGAAGGAGUACAGAAUUGUUAAUUCUGGAGAGUUUAUUCAAAUGAGUGGAAGAGCAGGAAGAAGAGGUCUUGAUGACAGAGGAAUCACGAUUACUAUGAUCGAUGAAUUGGCUGAUCCAUGGGCUAUCAAAUCCAUGCUUACUGGGCAACCUUUGAGAAUAGAUAGCCAGUUUUAUAUUGGUUAUAAUAUGCUUUUAAAUCUAUUAAGGCUAGAAGGUGCAGAUCCUGAGUAUAUGAUUAAUCGUUCAUUUUCGCAAUUCUUAAAGAGGAAAAAGACUGUAUCUUUGCAUGAGGAAAUUAAUAGAAUUCAAAGUAUUUUAGACAAUUACAAAGUUUCUGAACCAAUUAUUAAAAUCUUUAGCUUGAAUCAAGAACAGGACAAUUUAGAAGCCUCUUCAAAAAAAAGCAGGCCUAGCAUUGAUAGAAGUAAUACACAAGGAAAUCAGUUUGUAAUUAUGAGGAGAAAAGUUGAGGGGGUUGACGAUAUUUAUGGAUCUUUUAAGGAAAGCUUGAUAUUACCAAAAUUCUCAAAUUUUUCAGAACUUUUGGCUACAUAUGCAUACUUUUUGCAUAUUUCAGGAUUUAAGGUUAUCUGCAAGAACGACAGCUCUUUUGAUUCAAAGGACUUCUAUUCAAAAAACCCAUGCUCCCCAUAUUUACUGGAGAUUGAACUACCGCAUGAAAAAGACUUUUUCAUGAAUAAAACUCUAAUAAAUGAAAAGAUUAGUUAUUUUGUUGACCAAUGUAUAGAAAAUAAUGGUUUAGAGACUCAGGAAAACCAAGUAGAUAUUGAAAUUAUUGCAAAGGAAAGAACUAGUGGAUAUCAUAUUGAUUCAGAAAAGGCACUGAUUAGAAUUGGAGAGACUCUUUUUAACCAUUUCUGUGAAAUGAUUGAGCUUAAUAAAUAUAUCAAAAAGUUUAUUAUUAAUUCUAAGAUAAUUCACAGAUUCUUAAAUCCAGGAAGACUAGUGUAUAUUAGACUACCAUUUCUGGAACGAGAGGAAGCUAAUUCACUUAGUAUACAGGAUUCAGAAGCUCAAAAUGAAGGUGGGACUUCGGAGAUGGGUUCAAGAGAUUCAAACUACAUUUUUUACACAAAAGUUUUUAACGGAUUUAGCCAGAACCAGUACUUGGAUUUGGGUUGGGGGGUUUUAUUGAGCAACCCAAACCCUAGGAAUAAAAAAGUUGAUACUGGGUUUUUGAUUGAACCUAUUAGAAACAAUAAUCAAACAAAUCAGAGUGGAAAAGAAGAUAAUAAACAAGAAAACGAAACAACAAAAUUGAGCUAUAGUUCGGUAGACAUGGAAGACUCCGACAAAUAUUAUAUUAGAGUCUUGUUAAACAAGAAACGUUUUCCAAAAUUAAUAUAUGACAAAAUUGUUAAAGAGUUUGAAAAAAAUGUUGAAGAUUCAAUGAAUGAGAACUCCGAUUAUUGUAUUUUUAAUUGCACUGUAUCUUCAAUCCAGGAAAUUAGUACCGUUAGAUUAAAUAUUCCUCAAAACAGAACCAACAUUACCAAUAAGAAUACCCCUGGCUUGAUGUCAUUGGAGAUUUCUUUAAAUAAGGUCCUUGACCAUCUUGGCAAGGAUAAGAUCCCACUAAUAAACUACUAUGGUGAUGAAAUGAUUAACAUUGGAAAUGCUUCAUCAGAUUCUCAGAUAUGUGCUAAGUUAGAAAGAUUUAAAGAUCUUCAGAAGAAAAUACAACAAGAGUCUAUUUUAAUAAGAAAAUGCUCAUUUUUGGCUUUUUUAUUGUUAUAUAUUAGUUCCCAUAGGUAUUAUUUGAAAGAAAGAGUAGAUGAAAUAUCAAAUGACUUGAGAGAAAAUGAAUAUGAUACUAUAAUGCAAAAAGAGCUACUCGGAAUGAGAAAAGUAUUGAAGAAACUAGAUUAUACUGAUGAAAAUAGUAUCGUCCAAUUGAAAGGGAGAAUUGCUUGUGAAAUUUCUACAUCAGAUGAAUUAUUAAUAACCGAACUAUUAUUUAACAAUGUUUUUUUUCAAGAAUUGAAAAUUGAAUACAUAGUGGCCAUUUUAUCAUCCUUACUAUAUGAUGAAAAAUGCCCAGAUAUAAAGUUAGAAGACUCUACUUUAGCAACAGGAUAUGAUAAUAUUCUGGAUGUGGCAAAGAUUAUUGUAAAAAUUUCAUCUGAAUCAGGUUUAAAUAUUGAUUCGACACAAUAUAUUAGUAAAUUUAGACCCCAAAUUAUGCCAAUUAUCCUUAAAUGGAGUAAAGGAGAGAGCUUUGCAUCUAUUCUUGAAAACACCAGUUUCUAUGAAGGAAGUGUGAUCAGGUGUUUGAGGAGACUGGAAGAACUACUCAGACAAGUUGCAAGUGCUACUAAAUCUAUAGGAAAUGAUGAACUUGAGAAAAAACUCAAAGAAGGUAUCGCACUUAUUAAGAGGGGCAUCUUAUUUACUUUAUGCCAGAUUUCCAAAAGGGCUCAGGCAAUAAUUCAAUCAAAGCCUAACGGUCUACUUUCUGAGCAAGAGUGGAGAAUGCUUGGGGUACAGCAAUCUAGAGGGUGGCAACAUUAUCUGGUACAUAAUGCAUCUGCAUCUCCAUCAGUGAGCACGAGUUUGACAGCAUACUCAGUUGCAUCUUCAACUGUCUCUAUAUAUUACAUGCUAACUCAGACUAAGAGAGGCCCAAUUGGGAAGAUUUUGGCAAGUAUUUACCUUCCAAUUCAAAAAGAUAGAAUGGGUGAAUAUACCUUUAACAUACGAACUGAAAAGUGGGACGGGGAUACAAUGAUGGUAUCGUCGUGCAUGUUAUAUUACUUUAGUUUGGCAGUAAAUCCUAAACUAAACAAUAAAUAUUCUAUUUACUCUAGCAAUGAGAUGCCUAUCCUACCUUGGGGUGAGGUUCAAUUGAAUGAAGAUCCUCUUCGAGCUAUGACCAGGAUUUACGACUAUGUGUUAUCACUAAAAGGUGGAUACAUUAGAAUACCUCUAAAUAAUGUGGAUAUUUGGCAAUUAUACCUUUUAGGUGUUAUUAAGAAAUAUUCUUCUAUGCGAAAUGGGAAAUUUAAAUUCAAAGGAAAAUACCCGAAGUUAAAAAAGGGUUCAAAGAAUAAAACUAAAACCAAAGGUAGUGACAAAGAGGAAAAUGUAUAUGAUGAUAUUAAGUUAAAAUUAUUAGAAAAUGAAUCACCUGAUGAAGCAAAGAGGGAUCAAAAUAGAUUAGUUGAUGGCAAAGAUAUUAAUGCUACUUCCGGUAUUCAAUCUCCGAAUUCUGAAAAUUAUUCAACGGAUUCUGCUAAAGUCGGGCAAAGAGCCACGUUGGAUUCAUAUCUUCAAACAAAAGAGCUCAAAUCUUCCUCAUCUGUAAUUUCAGAUUUUAGAAUAAGAAGAAAGCAUUGCAUCGGUGGGCUUUCUGUAGUUUGCAAGAAUAAAUUAAACCCUAAAGUUAGCUAUAUUUCGGUUCCUUGGAUUCCAGGAGAAAGAACAGCUUUUGAGGAGUUUAGAGUAAUCAACGAAUACACAAGUACUUUAGAAGGAAGUUCCAUAAAUGGAAUUUGUAAAAAGAACAAAUUAAGUGAAAAGUUAGUAAACUUUUCUUUAGCUUUAAUAUUAUAUCUUAGAGAGAGACAGUACGACAUCAAUUAUAUUGAUGUCAUUAAUUACAAGAAAUGCUCAUUUGCAAAGUUUAAAGAUAAGGUUGUAAAGUUUGCCUUAUGCUUUUUUGACUUUUUUGGCUUAGCUCAUGGAAAGAAUAGUGUUAAUAGAGCACCUUGGAAACGAAUUCUAGAAGAACAUUGGAAAUUAAAUCCUUCAAAGACUUUAGAAUACCUUAUUAUUGGAUCUCAUCAACAAGAAGUUCGCUCUGAUAUUUAUAGCUCGUCUGAAUGGUCAGAGUUCGAUUUCGCAAUUGCAGCAGUCGUCUAUUUCUUUUCCAUCGUCCUUGGAAUCCCUAUUCUCUAUGGUCAGUAUAUAAGUAAAGUAAGUAGAAGGCACUUUCUAGUAGAAAGAGAAGCUCUAAAUCUACAGAAAUACAAUGUACCUGUUCCUCACUCAGCUAAGUACGAAUCAGAAUAA